AUGAUCACUAAUCUCCGCCGCUCUCUCCCGCCAACUCUCCAUCAACACAUCACACACCUCCUCCUCCUCAAACAGCUCGAGGAUCCUCACGCCCAGGCCGUAGAAAUGCUGCGCGAGGGCGCGGAUAUCGACCGAUUUUGCGUCGGCCUUGAGGGCGUUCGUGACGCGUGGGGAGAGGCAGGGAGGCAGGUCCAGCGUGAUGAGGGGUGUGGAGGAGGCGCCGGAUACGGCGAGCAUUUCGGCCAGCCAGAGGGGGAGGUCGACGCGGGUGUUUGUUUUUAG